GCAGCCUCAGCAACCUCAGCAGCCUCAGCAGCAGCCCCGGGCGGUGUCGGGCAGGGCAGGCCGGCGGGACAAACGGACAGAAGGCACAGGUCCCGCCAUGGAGGGAGCCUCCUUUGGCGCGGGCCGUGCAGGAGCUGCCUUGGAUCCCGUGAGCUUCGCGCGGCGGCCGCAGACCUUGUUGCGGGUCGUGUCCUGGGUGUUCUCUAUUGCUGUGUUCGGGCCCAUAGUCAACGAGGGCUAUGUGAAUUCGGACAGCGGUCCAGAGUUGCGUUGUGUCUUCAACGGAAAUGCGGGCGCCUGUCGCUUCGGCAUCGUGCUGGGUCUCGGGGCCUUCAUCGCCUGCGCGGCCUUCCUGCUGCUGGACGUACGCUUUCAGCAGAUCAGCAGCGUUCGAGACCGCCGCCGCGCAGUGCUGCUGGAUCUGGGCUUCUCAGGGGUCUGGUCCUUCCUGUGGUUCGUAGGCUUCUGUUUCCUCACCAAUCAGUGGCAGCGCACAGCGCCAGGGCCAGGCACUGCGCAGGCUGGGGAUGCAGCGCGGGCCGCCAUCACGUUCAGCUUCUUUUCCAUCCUCAGCUGGGUGGCGCUCACCGUGAAGGCCCUGCAGCGGUUCCGCCUGGGCACCGAUAUGUCUCUCUUCGCCACGGAUCAGCUGGGUGCUGGGGCUGCCCAGGGCUACCCAGGCUACCCAGUGGGCAGUGGUGUGGAGGGCACAGAAACAUACCAGAGCCCUCCCUUCACCGAAACCCUGGACACCAGCCCCAAAGGGUACCAGGUGCCUGCCUACUAAUAGUUAUUAGGCUCAGGCCAGGGCUAGAAGGCCACCUCACCAUCGUAGGCCUCAAGGCCUCCUGGGACCUUUCCUGGGUCCUACCGUCCCAGUGCCAAGGACAGAGAAGGUGGCUGCUGUGGGCCUCUGGGACCAAGGGGAGUAGCUUCCCUGGGGUGCCAGGACUGUCCCCACAAAGUUCCCCCUAGUUAGAGGUCCCAGCCCUAAGGCCCUCAGAAGAAAACAGUACUGCCUGGAGUGGGCU